AGCCAUCCACGAUGAUUGAUUCAAAGGCAUCUCAAUUCUGGACCGAUGCUUUCCAUCCUCUCGGUACAACCGACGACCAAUUCUGCCAAAGACAUAAACUUUUGUCAUCACUGCCGCACCUCAAUACUUGAGGGCAUCCACAACAGCUCGUUGAACCAAUGAUUCGUACGACAGGAAUGAAUUUCAAAGCCACACAUGCAUAUGUGUGGGAUACUUUUGAGCUUCUCCUCAUUCAAGAGUUUUGAUUGAGUAAUUAUCGAGUAAUUACAUCAAAUAAUGAUCGAGUAAGAAAUUGAUUAUUGCUUUGUUCUCAGACGGAAAAUCGGAAGGUUAUUAGCUAAUCCAGAAUCUAGUCGAACUGGUGAUAGGCUAAACUUAAGUCCGACCCGACAUCGGGACUCGCCUUGGCUGGUACUACAUCAAGAUGGACAACCAUGUAACAUCAAAGGCUCAAGGAGAACAAUAUCAACAACAUCGACAACAACCAACAAUAAUCAAAUUGAUUGUGGCUUACCGACCUCGUUGUCAUACAGCACAUAUGAUUGGUAUUAUCUCUCCAAUUGCUGGGUGAGGAUAAUAAUCAUGAUGUACUUUCAAUGCGGUGUUCGUGUUGACAAAGCUCCACAGCUUCUUCUGAAUCUACCGAAAUGUCCCGAAAAAGAAAAAAGACCCUCUUCUACGAUCUGUCCCAUGAAUGUGCAAGGUCAAAACUUACUCAACACAAAUGGCUCCAUGCUCAAUGCUCCAUGCUCAUCCCUUCUAGCCUUCCUUACUAGGAAAUUAUGGAAUCACUAGGAGGAAUGUUUACUCGAUCAAAACACAUCAUAGGUUCUUUUUUAAGGGUCCAAAGAAUGUUCCAAGACCCCUUGUUCCUUACACCAGGCACAUGAAAACCCUUUUACUUAUCGAUCUCGAAUGGCUUUUCCCGUGUUGGACCGGGAUUGGAUGCUGGUGACUGUUAUUGGUCAUUGACUCGGAUUGGGUAGUUGGGAGGAAAGAUAAGGGUCCAUGAUUGUGAUAACGACUUUUUUGGUGGGAAUAUU